AUGCAGAGGCUUUGCAACAUUUGGACACCUCGAACGGCGACACCAAAGGCAUUGAUGAAGCAAAGAAAGUGGCUGGAGGCGAUAGAUCAAUGCCAUGCCGCCUUGCGCUUUGAUCCAGCUCACACCAAGUCAUCUUGGCGGGGAGCGAUGUGCGCAAUUGAGGUAGGAAUGCAUGAUGUGGCUGUUGCCUUCGUCGAGUCAGGGCUCGAUGAGAAUAUGGUCUCCACCGAGCUCCUUGAGCUGCGGCGGAGGUUGGGCCCGUUGCCUGAUGUUGAGCUCCACAAAGGCAUGGAGAAAUAUGAAGAUAGAACUCAUGGUGGAGCUUUACUCAUAAUUAUCUCAUGA